ACCAUUUUUUAUCGUUUAUAUCAUUGGCCUAAAUAUUGAUUCCUUCUCCCUAGGUUGUUCCAUCACCAAGAAACAAAGCCUCUUUAACAUGGAGGCCAAAGCCAGCUCAGGCAUUCAACUUCCUCCAGGAUUUAGAUUCCAUCCAUCUGAUGAGGAGCUCAUAGUGCACUAUUUGAAGAACAGAGUCAGUUCAAGUCCACUUCCUGCAUCUAUUAUUGCUGAGAUAGAUCUCUAUAAGUACAACCCAUGGGAGCUACCAAGUCUGUAUAUAUUGCGUUUCUAUUGGUUCCAUUUUUCUUACAUGCAUCUUUUGUAUAGUAAUUGCCUACUGAUCACAGACACCUUUUCUUUCAAAAUAGAGAAAGCUUUGUUUGGCGUGGAUGAAUGGUAUUUCUUUACACCAAGGGAUAGGAAGUACCCCAAUGGAGCCCGGCCUAACAGGGCAGCAGCUUCAGGUUAUUGGAAGGCAACAGGGACAGAUAAAUCGAUUUUUAAUUCCUUCGGAACAGCCAAAAUAGGCGUCAAGAAGACUCUCGUGUUCUACGAAGGACGCCCUCCCAAAGGACUGAAGACAGACUGGAACAUGCAUGAAUACAGAUUGCUAGAUGCCAUGAUUUGGAACAAUCCCAAGAGAAAAGGAUCUAUGAGGUUGGAUGAUUGGGUGCUGUGUCGAGUUAGGCAGAAGAACAGCAUCCCCAGAAACACAUGGCAAGAUCAAAAUAUUCCAAGUUGUGCAUCUGCACCCACCGGCUUGUUCCCAAAAGUGAAUGAGCUACAGCAAAUGAACAUCAACCCCAACACUGAGAUGGUCACGAAUUAUUUUUACGAUGAUUGCCCAAUGUUACCUUGUUUCUUUUCUCCCCAGAAUUUUCCAUCAACUGAAAGAGCCUCAAGCAUAAACUUCCUAAGUAGCGACAAAUCUUGCACUUCUUUUCACAAUAUGUUAAACCCACUGAAAAGAAAACCUGCGGAAACAAACCAACAGCGAGGGAAUUGUUUUCCACCCGGCAAGAUGCUUAGAACAAAGGCAGAUAUAGAGGAGGACGUUGUAUCUAUCAGAAACGAUGGCACUAAUGAGAAUUUCAGCGGAACAGAUCAGUCUGAGUGUGGCAAUUUCAGCACUGAGCAAUGGAAUUCUCCUAUGCAAUAUCAAGAGUUUAAUCACCUAACCUUCACAGGAAAUCACCUAACUCUUGAUUAGAACAGUAUCAAGAGUUUAUAUUUGUAAAUAUCACGGUGGCUAUUUAUACAUUCAGAUAGCUAGGUACGGUGAUUUGUAUAGUAUAAGGAUCUUAGCAAAUAUGGUGAUUCAUUCCUAGUGGAUAGCUUGUAUAAAUUACUGCUAAAUACACUAAAAGACUUGGGUGUUA